AUGGAGGUGGUGGACGCGAUCCCCACCACCACCACUCCCCCAAGGACACACAUCCCUCACUCCAGAGAGCGCCACAAAGGAUGCCUGCUGUUGGCAUUGACUUCUGCUGUCGGGGACGCCGGGGAAGAGGGAUGUCCUCCGCCUGGCUCAAGCCCAGGCGCCCAGGCAGGGUCUCCGGGGCAGGGCACUCGCCCUGGGCGCCCGGCGCAAGCCAAGCCGGCGCCAGCCGCAGCCAGUCCCUCCCCACCGUCAGGACAGAACCUGCGGCGCCCGGGAGUCACCUCCGACCCUGGAACCCCUCCCGCCUCCGCUCACCGCCGCCGAAAGCCCCGCUCCGCACAGGCUCCCGUCCACCCGCCAGGGAAGCCCCAUCCCGCCGGGCACGCGGGCAAGCCCCGCCGCCGCCCCAGGAGCCUGGUCCUGCCUGGAUCACCACUUUGCUGGCGACAUCUGCAAGGCCUUGGACGUCGGAGAGAUUCCUGCAUGUGGAGAAAGAAGACUCGGCUUUGAGUCUAACUGUGGCCAAAGGGUAGAAGGUAAACAGUAAACUAACCAACA